AUGAUACAAAAUACUAAGUUAUCCGACGAAAUUUUAGCUAUUGAGUUACAAAAUGAGCAAAAUGAAAAUACAACUUUAAAGGCUGAAAUUGAAAAGCAUAGCGAACAUAAGGGAAUUGCUCUUUUCAUUUACCCCAAAGCAAAUACACCAGGUUGCACUGAACAAGCAAAAUUAUUUAAGGAAAAACAUGAGGAAUUUGUACAAAACAAAUAUGCAGUUUAUGGUUUAUCUGCAGAUAAUGCUGAGAGUCAGUUAAAAUGGAAAAACGACCUUGAAUUACCAUUCACUCUUUUAUGUGACACUGAAAAAAAACUUUUAAAAGAAAUUGAAUGCUUGAAAGAAGAUGACAAAAUUAUGAGAUCCCAUGUUGUUAUAUCUAACGAAUUUAUUGUGUCUUAUGUAAAGAAAGGAGUAAAACCAGCCACCUCAUGUGAAAAAGUUUUAAACUUUAUCAUUAAGGGUGAAAUUGAUGAGAAUGAAGAAAAAGAAGAAGAAGAAGAAAAAGCUGAUGAAGAAAAAGAGGGAGAAGAAAAAGCUGAUGAAGAAAAAGAAGGUGAAGAAAAAGAAGGAGAUGAAGAAGGACAAGUUAAAGAAGAAGAAAAUGCAGAUGGUGAAGAUAAAAAAAGUGGUAGUGAAAAAGCCAAAGCAGCUAAACCUUCUGGAGCUAAUGCACAAAAAAAGAAAAAAGUUGUAAAAAAAAGUGCCAGCAAACCUAGCAGUAAAAGUGCAAAAGGAAAAAAUAAUAAAAUGGUGAAAAAAUCUGGUAAAGUAAAGAAAGAAGUUAAAAAGAAAUUGAUCAGCAAAGCACAAAAGAAAAUUGACAAUAAAAAAUCUAAAAAUAAUAAAGGAAAAAAUAUUACUAAAAAAGAUGGAAAGAAAAAAGCUAAUGUUAAGGAUGAAAAAAAAAAUAAAAAAAAUAACACAAAAGGUAGCAAAAAUAAAAAUGUACCACAAAAAAAACAAAUGAAAAUGGCCAAAGGAAAUAAAAACGCUGCUUCAGCAAAAAAUGCAAAGAAAGUUCAAAAUAAAAAAAUCGAUAAAAAAGCACAAAAGAAUAAAAAUAUUAGCAAAAAAAAUAUUAACAAAAAAACCGUUGCUAAAAGUAACGCUAAAAAUACCAUGAAAAAAAAAUUAAAAAAAAAGUAA